GGCCAGGGCGGCGCUGUGGGAGGCGGAGCCCGGAGGGGUGGCCCGGGGCGCCCGGAUAAGAGCGCGGCGGGAGGUUGGCCGGGGCCCCGCGCGGUGGGGAGCAGUGGCCCCGCGAUGUCGCUAGUGUUGCUGAGCUUGGCCGUGCUGUGCUGGGGUGCUGUGACCCCGGAGCCGACGAUUCGGUGCGGCUCUGAACUGGGACCGUCUCCAGAGUGGACAGUCCCACACACACUGACCCCAGGAGACUUGAGAGACCUUCGAGUGGUGCCUGUUAUGAGCAGUGUUGCAAUGGAAGACAAUUCAAUUUUAAUGAACAUAAGCUGGGUACUCCGGGCAGAUGCCAGCAUCCGCUUGCUGACGGCCACCAAGAUCUGUGUGACCGGCAAAAGCAACUUCCAGUCGUACAGCUGCGUGAGGUGUAAUUACACAGAGGCCUUCCAGACUCAGACCAGACCCUCUGGUGGCAAAUGGACGUUUUCCUACAUCGGCUUUCCUGUAGAGCUGAACACACUCUAUUUCAUUGGGGCCCAUAAUAUCCCCAACGCAAAUAUGAAUGAAGACAGCCCCUCCAUGUCUGUGAAUUUCACCUCACCAGGCUGCCUAGACCAUGUAAUGAAAUUCAAAAAGAAGUGCAUUGAGUUGGGAAGUCUGUGGGAUCCAAACAUCACUGCUUGUAAGAAGAACGAGGAGAUAGUAGAAGUGAAUUUUACAACCAGUACCCUUGGAAACAGAUACAUGGCUUUUAUCCAAAGUAACUUUGUAAUUGGGAUGUCUCAUGUUUCAGAGCAGAAUCAAGGAACUCGAAUUUCUGUCCUAGUCCCAGUGACUGGGGAAAGCGAAGGUGCUGUGGUCCAGUUGACUCCAUAUUUCCAUACUUGUGGCAAUGACUGCAUCCGACGCAAGGGGAUUGUUGUGCUUUGCCCACAAACGGGUGCCCCCUUUCCUCUGGAUAAUGACAGAAGUGUGUUGAGUGGCUGGAUACCUCUUCUCCUCCCAGCUCUGCUGGUGGCCACAUGUGUGCUGGCAAUUGGCGUCUGUCUAAAGUGGAGGCAUGAAAAGUUCAAGAAGACUUCCUUCCCUUCUGCCAUGCUACUGCCUCCCAUUAAGAUUCUUGUGGUUUACCCAUCUGAAAUAUGUUUCCAUCACACAGUUUGUUACUUCACUGAAUUUCUUCAAAAUCAUUGCAGAAGUGAGGUUAUCCUUGACAAGUGGCAGAAAAAGAAAAUAGCCGAGAUGGGUCCCGUGCAGUGGCUUACCACUCAGAAGAAAGCAGCGGAUAAAGUCAUUUUCCUUCUUUCCAAUGAAGUCAACGCCACAUGCGAUGGUACCUGUGGCAAGAGCGAGGGCAGCCCCCGUGAGAACUCCCAAGACCUGUUCCCCCUUGCUUUUAACCUCUUUUGCAGCGAUCUGAGAAGCCAGACCCAGCUACACAAAUACAUGGUAGUCUAUUUUAGGGAGGCUGAUACAAAAGACGAUUACAACGCACUCCACGUCUGCCCCAUGUACCACCUCAUGAAGGACGCUGCCACUUUCUGCACAGAACUUUUCCAUGUCGAGCAGCAUGUGUCAGUGGGAAAAAGGUUUCAAGCUUGCCACAAUAGAUGCUCCUCCCUGUAGCCCACCCAUGAGGAGGAGAGAACUUGAAGCUGUCCUACUCCAGUUCUCCAGAGUGGGAGAGGAGGGAGCAUCUGUGAUGAUUCUGACGUUUACUUGUAGGGAACAUUGUAUGUGUAUACCUGCUUUAGCAAUAGGACUCAUAACUGAACACGUAUGCCUUAGUCCAGUAAUUAAAAUUUUUAUACCAAUAAAACUGUUACAAAUAUUACUAACUACUGCUGUAUUAACUAAAGAAUAGAAACUAAAUUUAUAAUUACAAAGCUAAAUCAAUUUCAUACCUAAAAAUCAAGAAUCGUUAUAAUGGAAAACCAUGACUGUUCUGACAAUGCAAUGAUAAUGCAUUUUCCAGCUGACAUCCAGUCUUGCAGAGUCCGUGCCCUGCACUGUAGGUAGAAUUGUUUAGCACUGUAACAUUCUGGUUAACUAACGAAUGCCAAAUUUAAGCCCUCAUUAAUUCACUAACUUUUUAGGUAAAGAAACAUCCCUCUAUAAUACAGCAUUUAUUUUUAAGAUAACAAAAAUAGGGAAUAACAAGCUGAACCUGUAUGUGUAACCACUUGUAGUAUUUGGUAUUUUCAUAGGACCUUCCCUCUCUGAACUAGAUUCAUGUCCUAUGUGCCUCUUGUACAGAUGAUUUUCAUGAACACCAAAAUACAUGACUUGUACAACUGAUGGGUACUUUUUUCCCAGUUACCUAUUAGAGAUCACUGUCAGAGUUCAGAGUUUCUUGGUUAUUACGUAACUUUUUCAUGUACAAAAAUAAAAAUAAUUCAUG